AUUCCGAGUGGUUUGCACUUUUUCGACGAGUGUGCUGUGUACAUAGGCAUUAGUGGUUAUAAAAUUGUUAGAAAAAAUGGAUUAAUCAAUCGGAGAACUCACUAAACUUAAGUAAUAAGCAAAUACAAUAAAAAACUUACGGGGCAGUAGCUAAAAUCGAAGACUUCGACACAAUGUUCUUUUGUACCUUUUGUUAUGGAGAGGUGUGUGGAAAAUCGAUACAGCAAUUUUCGGUCUGUAAACAGGCUUAAACAAAAAUAAAGAUGAAGUGAAAAAACAGUGUAUUGCAUUUAUAAAUUUAAACCAUCGAACCUGCCAAAAUCGGAAAUUACUUCGAUUAUGAGUUCGAAUGGCAGUGAUUUGGGGCACAACAGCAGGCGGAACGAGAAGGGUAAUCCGGACAACGUUCACGCCUCGAUGCGUGCGGGCGGCAGUGGCAGCAUCGGCAUGAGCUCCACCCGCAGGAAGUCCAUCAACUUCCAGAAUCAGCUGCAACUGGCGCUGGAGUCGAAUGAGUGCGAUGUGAUGUACUGCAGCCUGUCCUCGGGUCGCUUCCGCGCUCCCAACGGCGAGAAUUUCCCGCCCCACGGGGGCAAGCUCAAGCUAUCGCCGCUGGAGAAGUACGACGAGGCCAACAGGGGCGUGCCGCCGCCCUCGCCGGCUCCGAACAGCGAUUGCUUCGCCACCUGUGUGGCCAAUCAGUUGCCGUCCCAGUCGUGCUCGGUUGGGUCCCUCAAGCCGGAUACUUCCGUGCUGCCGAAGCACGGAAUGGGUGGAAACGGCCUGGUCGGAAACGCAAUGGGAGGGAACGGAAUGGGUGGGAACGGAACCUAUCAUCAGCGCGGAGUCUCGCCGAAUUCCAGAUACCGCUUGGAGCGCUAUCGCGAGUCGCAGCCAAGCACCCAGACAAAGAUGAUGGAGAACAUGGGCGGCCUCCCCUCAGCAGGGCCCUCGGCCUCCUCCACCCGUCUCCUACUGCCUUCCAACGUACCCUUGCCACUCUCGCAGUGCGAGAACUACAAUGCCUACCUGGGUUCCACGGUGCACACGCCGGUCAAGCGGUAUGUGCCCACCCCGCCUCCCGCUAUGGAUCUCUACUCGGACCUGAGCAUCUCCUCCACGUCGGCGGGCAAUCUGCCCAAUUCCGCCACUGCCGCCCCCUCCACGUCCUCCUCCAGCGGGCAGUCCCAGUACGCCAACAUGCCGUACAACUACCGCUCCAAGUGCUGCCACAGCGAAGCCUCGCACGGCAGCCUCAGCCGCACCUCGCAGACGUACGCGACCUGCUCGCCGGCCUGCACUUCGCCCUCGCCGGCUCCUUCCACCAGCAUGUCGAUGGUCUUCUCGGCGGCCAGCUCCUGCUCGCCGGUCAUGACGGCCACCAGCUCCGCGCGAUCGGGCAACCACAGGGGAGAUGACAGCGACUCCGUGAUUGUGGUGGCUCCCGGCGGAGGCUCCAUGGCCCAGAUAGAAGUGGACAAUCCCUCGGGAACCUGCUUGCAUUGCAACACAGUGCGUCGCACAACGGGAGUCCAUCAGACCACCCAGACCACGGGUCCCAUUAGCCCGGUUCCCAUAUCCCUGCCCGUGCCCAUGCCCAUGCCAGUGAUCUCGAGCAUGAAUGAGCAGAUUCCCAGCCAGACCCUGGAGUCCAGCAUGGUGUCCGUGCAGGCUAAGCGCCUGGAGGGCGGUGGCAACAUGACCGCGCCUCCCGGAUCAAACCAACACCAGAUGUACCGCAGCCAGAUGGCCAGCAAUCCGCGCCUGCAGCACAUGCACCACCAGACGCAGCAGCACCAGUCGCUCCAGACGCUCCCCCAGCCGCAGAUGCACCAUUUGUCCUGCAAGAAGCGGAUCGGCAUCUACAUGAAGCGCACAACCUCGCAGUUCUUCGGCGUAGAGCCGAGCACCGAGGUGGCGGACUGUGCCCUGUGGCAAGGACGUCAUCGUCGCCUGGCGAUCCGCUGUUUCGGGAUGUUCGACACGGAGCUGGAGUACCACAUGCAGCAGACGGGUAACGAGGAUGCGGUCCAGGGCAGCGGAUCCAACGGCAACUAUGCCCAGGAUCGACCGGACAUCCUGCCCGUUCAGGAUGCCAUUGGCAUGGACAUGACGCUAUCUGGCGAUGGUAGACGGCAAAAGUGCUACACCAAUCGGGACUUCCUGGCCGGAGAGUUCGUGGAGCGCAAGGCAUCGGUGGGCUAUAUGUUCGUGGCCAUGGUGAGCUACCUGGUGCACAUGUUCAACAAGCGGCGGCCCAUACAAAUGCACCGGGUGCGAUGUCCCUGGCAAUGGUCCCGCAGCUUUGCGCCGCUCCACGUCACAUCCCACAACAACCAGCAGGCGGAUGCGGACUGUUUGACGGAUGGCCUGGAGGCCAUCAUAGACGACGAGGUGUUCUUCGACAGUCCCUGCGAGAUAACGACCUCGUCGGUGAACGACGAGAGCUCCGAGAUCGGCAGACAGGCCGCCAAGCCGCGCCCCUGCGCCGAUCCUUCGGGCGUGGGCGUCAGUGUCUACAUGGCGGAGAGGCAGCAGAACGGGUGGCGAACCUCCGCCCUGAACAAUGGCGGUAAUGCCAGUAGUGAUAUCAAUCUAACCGGCGAUCAGUCCUCGCAUCCGGCUGGUGCAGCCCACAUACCGCUCUGCAGCUCGGUUUCCAGCCAAAUGCAGCCUGCCAUGCGCAGCUCCCACUCGACCACCUCCACCUGCAACCGGGGCAACCGGAUAACCGCCCAGUUGCUCGACGGCGUCCUGGAGAACUCCAGACGCCCGCCGCUCCGCUGCAUCAAGUACUUCUCGGUGAACGACCUGGACGACCGCACCGACCAUCGGCCCUUCUUCACCUACUGGAUCAACACGGUCCAAGUGGUGGUGCUCAUUCUGUCGAUCGUCUGCUACGGCAUCGCUCCCAUUGGCAUCGGGUCGGAGCAGAAGACGGGACAGGUGCUGGUGACCAGCCUCAGCCUGCAGACGGUUCAGCAUGUCGAGCAGCGGAACCUCUGGAUAGGUCCCAGGAACAUUGACCUGGUCCACAUGGGGGCUAAGUUCGCCGCCUGCAUGCGACGGGACAUCAAGAUCACCGAGGUGGUCACCAAGACGAGGCGGCACGAGAGGGAGACGGCCUGCUGCAUCCGCAACGACGACUCCGGCUGCGUCCAGAGCUCCCAGGCGGAGUGCUCCAUCCGCGGACUCUACCCUACGAAAUCAAUAUCUACGUGGAAGAAGUGGUCUCCCAGCGAGUCCGGGCCGGGAGGAAGGAUCUCCGGGUCCGUCUGCGGACUGGAUCCCAAGUUUUGCGACGCCCCGGCAUCGAUUGCUCCGUACGAGUGGCCCGAUGACAUCACCAAGUGGCCAAUCUGCCGGAAAACCAACUCCUUCACCCAGCGAUAUCGCUACAAGGACCACACCUCCGAACACAUGGUGUGCGAGGUGAUAGGACAUCCCUGCUGCACGGGCUUGUACGGCGAGUGCCGGAUAACGACUCGCGAGUACUGCGACUUUAUAAAGGGAUACUUCCAUGAGGAGGCGUCGCUGUGCUCCCAGAUUUCGUGCCUGAACAACGUGUGCGGAAUGUUCCCCUUUAUAUCCGUGGAGACUCCGGACCAGCUGUACAGAUUGCUCACGUCGCUCUGCAUGCACGCCGGCAUCCUGCACCUGGCCAUCACCCUUAUAUUCCAGCACUUGUUCUUGGCCGACUUGGAGAGGUUGAUUGGAACCGUGCGCACUGCCAUUGUGUACAUCAUGUCGGGCUUCGCUGGCAAUCUGACCAGCGCCAUACUAGUGCCCCAUCGUCCGGAGGUUGGACCCUCGGCCUCGCUCAGCGGCGUGGUGGCCUCGCUGAUUGCCCUCCUGGUCUGGAUGCACUGGAAGUAUCUGCACAAGCCCCACAUCGCGCUGUUCAAGCUGCUGCUCCUGUGCAGCGUGCUGGUCGGAAUAGGAACACUGCCUUACCAGCUCAACUUCCUGGGGUUGCUGGCUGGAGUGAUUUGUGGCUGCCUUUUGACCAUGUCCCUAGUGCCAUUCACCACGUUCUCGAAAUACGGCCGCAAGAAAAAGAUAAAUCUCAUUUGGACUUGCGUGCUGUUCCACGUCGUUGUGUACACCGCAAUGAUAGUGACGUUUUACAUCCACCCCAGCGAAUUCCACUCCAUUAGCUUUGUAGAUAUGUUUAGUAAUAACAAUGGAUACGACAAUUUCACCAACACCGAUCAUCACGGCGUGGACGUUGUCAGCAGCAAUACUCGAUACUCACAGACGCAGAACUCCCAAUAUUAUUACCAUCAUCACUCGGACGACAUUAUUAGGAAGAGCGUUACAUUUACAGAGAAAGCUCUUGUUUCGCACAUUUUAUAUCCCUCUGCGCCGCGGAAAACGAGCGCCCAGCAAUGGCAGGAAGUAGAGUAUAGUCGUUCGUUUAAUCACCUUUCAAACUAUAGUGAUCGAAUUAAAAAAAGUAUUGGAAAUAUAUCAAAGCUUAAGCAAGUGUUCACUUCACCCAUUAGAUUCUCAAACAAGAACAACCACUCUAAUCUUAUGACUGAAUUAACAUCGGUGCACUCCGAAAGUAAACAGAAGUACUUAGGCUACAUCAAUAAUACUGAAUUUAACGUCCUUUAAUAUUUUACAUAUUAAUCGAAUCAAUUCAUGACAGAAAAUUUGACAAGUUUGAGUGCACAAAUAGAUAACAAUUAUAUGAAUAACGCAUUAAAUGUCUAUUUAUGUAUGUAUAAUCCGAACUUCGAAUGAAUAAAGAAUAAUUAGUAUUAAAA